ACACACACACGCAGACUGCAACCUGUCUACCAUUAGGCAGCAGCUUCACUGCAGAGAGCCAGCCAAAGGGGGAGGAGGGUUCUUACACCUUCCUCUCCCACGACACAACAGCACUUGGCACAGGUUCUGAACCCCGCUCACAAAUCCACAAUCCAAGGCUUGAAUCCCAAGUUACAGCAGACAGAGGAGGGGUGGGCAGUUAUCUGUGGCUCUCAGCACUCCCAUAUGCCUGGUUAGAUCAUGGAGUUGCACUGUCUUCCCACUGAGACCCCCACCACAGCCAGCUCCUGCUCCACGGAUCCCCUGUACGACAACUGCCCACCUUUUGCCCAGCGAGGGAGAGCCAGGGUAAAAGAAAUGGAGAGUAGGGUUGUGUGCCCGGCUGUAACCAGACUCCCAGGCCCCUGCAGCCCUCUGCCUGGUCUGGCCCCAGCUGAGAUUCCCACACUGGUCAGUGGGGGAAGAGGGACUGGCGCCUGGCCAGAUCACAGCUACUGCAGCUGGAGAGGUGGCCUGGGAAGAGCAGGCUGGGAAGCAGAGCUGGAUCCAGGCGUAAACAGAACAAUAGGCGGAGAGAGAGGAGGAGAACAGGGAGGUACCAGGGGAGUUGAGAACAGAGCUCAUCUGAACCAGAGCCCCAAUCCAUCCCAGAGUGAGGAGCACAGGAGUGCUCUCUCUCUGUAUGAUAACCUCCCUGAAGCUGUUACCCCUGACAGCCUCCAAGAAGUCUUUGACAUGGAAACAAGCUUCCAGGAGCACUUGCAGGAGCAGAUGUACCGAGCAUGGGCCCCGGAGCAGCUCCAGGGACUGAUGGAUGAUGAGGGAGCGAGUGAAGACAAGAGCCCCUGGUCCUCCUGCGAGAUCAUCCUUGCUGAAAGUGGUUCUAGUAACCAGGACCAGAAUCCAGACCAAGAUAAGAAGAGCGAACAGGAGCCAGAGCUGGACUCUGGAUUUAAGCAGGGGGACACGAUGCUGCACCUCAAGCUUCCAAUAUCAACUCCUCAACAACAUCUUGCAGCGAGUUCCCCUCCGUUAUCCCAAACUGAGUGCCGUGUUCUGUGGCCCCGAGCUGAAGCCCAUCACCCACAGCAGCCAUCCUGGUCCUCUAGGGUGCCCCCUCCUGUACCCCUGGCUGACCCCUCCGCGAGUGCUCUUCGCAGCCUUCUCACCAGCAUCCAACAGCAAAUAGUCAGACAGAGGGAGGAGUAUGAGGCACGAAUAAUCAGCCUAGAGCAAAAAAAUGAAGAGUUGCAGGUAGAGGUCGUUCGGUUGAAAGCAAACCUCGUACAGCAGCGGCACUGGUACCAGGUUGUCCAGGCUAAGAUUGUGGAGUCUGAAAGGGCCCGGACUGCCGCAGAACUACGCAAUGCAACUCUGCAGAAGGAGAUGGAGCAGUUCUUUGAUACCUUCGGAGAGCUCAACAAUGAGGCCAAGAAGACAGAAUGUAUUGUCAAGAGUUUUUAAGAAAAAAAAAGAAGAAAAAAAAGUGUGAUGAUAUGAACAGUGUGUGCAAAGUGAAGGACAACAGGCACAAGACUGGCUAGUCUUUUACCUCUAGUUAGGAUCUAGAAAAGAAAUUUGUCACAAUAAAUGCAGAAUUUCUUCACUAAGAAUCUGAGAAAUGUACAAAACAACAUCACUGAAAGAAAAUGAAUCACUGAUGUCCACUUUAUUAGUUACAUUAGGGCAAAAUAUGUUGGCCAAGUGAUUAUAUUGUGGCCAUUGCAAUCACACGGGACAUCUCUGAAAAUAAAAGGAGAAACAAACUGAACAAAAAAAUGUGAGAUGUACAGUGCAUACAAUGGAUCUUUUUUUUUUUUAAAAACAUGGUAAACACACAAGAUGUUCUGAGCAUUGUAAUGCUCAGUCCUUAUCUGAUAAGAUUUUUGGGAGUGAAUUGGCCACUCCUCUGGUCAUUUAAGGCAUGACUGAAAGAAUAAGGUCAUGAUUUAUAAAAGGAAAAUAUAGUGUACAA